AUGAUUUCUCCUCCGAUGACAGAUCCAAAAGCCGAGUACGGCGAUGGAAAUCGGCGGACCGCUCUCGUGAGCGGCGGAAGCCGGCGACUUAGUGCGGGUGGCGGCGGAGCUGCUACACGAAGCGACGGUCAGCAGCUAGGACACGGAGGUGGCAUCUCAGUUUUGGAUGCAAUCCUCCACAUCCAGCACACCGAGUUGGGGAAUUUCAGACAACUCAUUGUCAACCUCACGCAGCUUGUAGCAAUGCCUGAUGACCACACGUUCCAGCAUUGGGAAGCACAUUUGAUUAACUCUCCACUCCUCAACAUCCAAGUCCUCCAGCAGCAGAAAUUUCAGCUUCUCGAAUUUCUCGUCACCAGCUAGUUUUUCCCAAACGGGCCCCCGGAAGGCAUUCAUCCGCAGUUUAAGCACUUGGAGGCUAGGCAACGCGGCCACGUGACUGAUGUGGUCCCACGAGAAUCCGCAGCCGCUGAGGGAUAAUUUAUUGAUGAACAAGGGGAAAGGGUCCUUGACGCAAGGGAAAACAUGGGAGCCGAGACUACAGUCCACAACGCUACAUUUCAACGAGGAAAGAAAACGCGAAACGGAGCUCAAUUCACCGAGGAAAGAAAAGGCGUUGACCUGGACGCCUAAUUUCUUCAGUUGUGGGAGUCUUUUGAGAAUUUUCUCGGUACAGCUGAGGGCGCUCACGCCAGAAAGCGUCAAAAGUUUAUCGAGGACAAAUGAGCUGGAGAGUCCAUUCGAAGGGUCCGGGAGGUUGGAUCCCAUGCAAUGGAGGUGUUUCAGUCUACUCAAGCUCCAAAUUUCAGGAGGAAGAUAAAUAGUGGGAGCGUAUGAGGAUAUGAUGAUGUGAUGGUGGCGAACGAUAAGAACCUCGAGGUUACCGAGUUUGGAGAUGGAGGGUGGAAGAUCGCCGUUAUACGUGAUGGCGAGGUACCUUAGCCGAAGCAGCUCGAGAACUUGUUCUGGGAACUCGUAGAAACGCAGGCGGACCGCGUCUAAUACCCUGAGCAGCUUCGAGGGUGAGUAGAGGGGCAACGGGUACUGAUGGUAUGGCCCGAAACAGAGCAACGAACGUGCGGUCAGAAAUAAUGUUUUGAGAUACCCUUGGACCUGUUUGAGGCCGAGCACAAUGUUGUUGUGGAAGCAGAGUCGCCGCUGCCCAUUUGCACCCGACCAAGCAUCCGCGUGCAGCUUGUUCACGACAUGGAAGAACUUAGUGCCCUGAGCCUCGUUCACGCACACACUCUGGUACACGGCAUGGACACUGCAUGUCUUGGUCCCACCGCUCGAGCUCCAGUUCCGGACCAAAAUCAUGCUCGACGAAGCUAGCUCGUCCAGAAAACUCUCACCAAGUUCCUCCAUGGAAUUGUAGCCAGUUGGCCACGGCUCGAUGAAUCCCUCAGCCAUCAACAUUGUGAUGAGCUUAGAUCGACGGAUCUCGGUGUUCCUCGGGAGCAGCCCCAUGUAGAGAAAGCACGCCUUUUGAUACGACGGCAGGCUUCUGUAGCUCAGUGACAGUGUCCGCCACAAGGGCGUGUCAUCGAUGCCCACCGGGUGUUCGCUCUCUUCCAUCGCCUUCCAUCUCUCGACCGACUGCUCGGCCACCCGUAGAGUCCGCCCCACCUCGACGAUGGCCGGGGGCAGCCCCUCGCAGUUCCUGGCUAUAUUUCUCCCGAUCAUCUCCAGCUCACGAGAAGGGCACGGCCCGCCGUCGAACACCACGCUGCGGAGCAGCCUCCAGCUCUCGUCCUCGUCCAGAAACGGGUCCCUCAGCAUGCGGGUCACGGCGUGCGCGUGACCAGCGAAACCCACUUUCCUUGUGGUCACUAGCACACGACUCCCGUUCCAGCUGCUCGGCAGCGACAUCUCAAGUUUCCUCCAGAUCAACGGGUCGCCCAAGUCAUCCACCACCAUGAGAAACCUCGCGUCCCUCGACAGGCCCUCGUGCAGGAAGGCAAACGGCUCCCCCGCACCCUUCUCCCACCGGCUCGUGUGGUCGGUGACGACUCGCGUUGGGCCCGCGUCUUCUGCUCGGACGACGAGAGUCAGGGAGUUGUACGCUCCCCGAUAGUCGAGGCGCACGUUCACCCAAAACUGGGCCUCAAAGUGCCACCACACGUCCGGGUCGUCGUACACGGCUUUAGCCAGCGUGGUCUUACCUAUGCCGGCCAUCCCGAUCACAGGGACCAUCACAGUGAAUGGAGGGUUCUCGUCGAGCAGCAUCCGCUUGAGAAGAUUUAGAUUUCGCUCGUGCCCAACGAUUUUCUCGGCAGCAGCAGCAGUUGUAAUUAUAGGCGCGGGUACAGGGUCGGGUACAUUUACGACUGAAAAAGCACUAGGCUCGAGAGAAAGUGCCCUCCAUUGGGACUCAUCCUCGAUUCCCGGCGGGUUGCCGCUUUCCGCCACUGCCGUCCAUCCCUCCACCGUCCGCCCGGCCCUGCGCAGGUUCUGCGCCACCGCGCGGAUAAGCAAGGGAUUUCCCCCCAUUUCCUUGAGGAUAUCUCUCCCGAUGUUCUCCAACGCAGGCAAAGCACACACACCUCCUACUCCAAACACCUCGCUGCAGAGAAGUUUCCAGCUCUCGUCCUCGUUCAGCAACCCGGAAUGAAUUUCCGGCAAGCCCAAAAUCCGACCUGCGUUUUCCAGGAUGUGAUCGACGGCCGAGAUUAUGUCCUGCAUAAGGCUUUCCAGUGAUUUGGACUGAGCUAGUAGGAUGAAGGAGUCGAUUUCGUCUUCGGCUCUGUGCAUUUCGUACUCGAUGUGGGAUUCGAGGCCGUGAACGGCAUCAAUCAUGGAUGCAGGGAUCCGGUGGUUCUGACCAAGGGCGGAAAGCAAGGAAUGGAGCUUCUUGUGGAGGGAGUCGAGGAAAGACGGGUCGAGAAAAGAGGAGUCGAGAAAAGAUGGGUGGAAGGUCGGGGCAAGUUCGAGGGUGUCGAUGAAGGACAGCACGGCGGGGUAGGCCAUCUUUUGUUCGCCGGAGAUUAUGUAAGAAAGUUACUUACCUGUGUCUACUCUUGUGUGUUCAUUGGCAUAUAGAUGGGUUUUUGUUUGACCAAAAAAGAUUAGAGUAUUUAUUGGAGAACCAAUUGCAUUUGCAUGUUCUGUAGCUGGGUUUUGUUUAUGAAAAUAAAUAAUGUCUCCUAAGUUUUUAUGCAUUGUUGACCCGUAAAAUAUGGGAAUUUAUCAUUUAUUAUUACUCUGACUGUCAACUAUGCUAAAAAAAAAAGGGCAUGCACUUGUUCUC